AUGGCCUCUCACUCUCUAGAAGUUUAUGGAAAAGGGACGGCUGUGUGGUUUCCUGACAAUAGGGAAGGCUGGAUGAGUGCUCAAUUGGUUACGAAAGAUGUGAAUGGUGAUAAUGUAAAGCUGACCUUUGUAACCGAUGAGGGGAAGGAAAUUGUUAUCACGACAACCUUAACUAAACUUGCUCAAACAAAUAAUGCGGAAUUGCCUCCUUUGCGUAAUCCUCCCAUGCUUGAGGCGGUCGAUGACUUGACAAGCUUGAGUUAUCUUAAUGAACCAGCAGUCUUGAUUGCCAUGAAUCCAUUUCAGAAAGUUAAUUUAUAUUCUCAAGAUAUUAUUAAUGCGUAUUCUGGAAAACGGCGUGGUGAAUUAGAGCCACAUGUGUUUGCUAUUGCUGAAGAAUCUUAUCGGUGCAUGAUUCGUGAUGAAAAAAAUCAGACAAUUGUUGUAUCAGGAGAAAGUGGUGCUGGAAAAACUGUUAAUGCAAGAUUUAUCAUGCGAUACUUUGCUUCGGUUGAUGAUAAAGAAAAACCACAAGGUGAUAAGAAACCAAAUAGUUCAUCUGGUAUGAGUGAAGUUGAAGUACAACUUAUGGCUACUAAUCCUAUCAUGGAAUCUUUUGGUAACGCCAAAACAACCAGAAAUGACAACAGUUCUCGUUUUGGUAAAUACCUUGAGAUUCAAUUCGACAAUCGCCAAAAUAUUAUUGGUGCAAGGAUUAGAACUUAUUUAUUAGAACGUUCAAGAUUAGUUUAUCAGCCCGAGAGUGAAAGAAAUUACCAUAUUUUUUACCAGUUAUGCACCGGUGCGCCUCCAUCUGAAAAGAAAAAUCUUGAACUCGGGGAUUACAGUCAAUUUCAUUAUUUACGUCAAGGUGGUGUUGGUACUAUAAAUGGUGUUGAUGAUGCGCAAGAAUUUAAGAUUACGCAAGAAGCUUUAUCCACAAUAGGUGUUACAAUUGAAGUACAAUGGCAAAUUUUCAAAUUAUGUGCUGCGUUAUUGCACGUUGGUAAUAUUCAAAUCACUGCAAGCCGGACUAGUGCCAUGGUGUCUGAAUCAGAUCCAGCUUUAAUUACCGCGACGAGAUUGCUUGGUAUAAAAUUGGAAGAAUUUAGAAAAUGGAUAGUAAAAAAACAAAUCGUUACUCGAUCUGAAAAAAUUGUUACCGAUUUGAAUGCACAGCAAGCUUGUGUUGUUAGGGAUUCUGUUGCAAAAUAUAUUUAUGCAAAUCUGUUUGAUUGGUUGGUGAACGUAAUUAACGGGUGUUUAUCCAAUGAAGAAAUCGAACAACAUAUCAAAAGCUUUAUCGGAGUUCUUGAUAUUUAUGGGUUUGAACAUUUCAAGAAGAAUUCAUUUGAACAAUUUUGCAUUAAUUAUGCUAAUGAGAAAUUACAACAACAGUUCAAUCAACACGUCUUUAAAUUAGAGCAAGAGGAAUAUAUGCGAGAGAAGAUUAAUUGGACAUUUAUUAAUUUCAGUGAUAAUCAACCUUGCAUUGAAUUGAUUGAAGGCAAAAUAGGAAUUCUUUCUCUUUUAGAUGAGGAAAGUCGUUUACCAGCUGGUACCGAUGCCUCUUGGUGUCAAAAACUUUAUAAAAAUUUCGACACUCCUCAGUAUAAACAAUAUUUCCAAAAACCUCGAUUCUCUAAUACUGGAUUUAUAAUUUCUCAUUACGCGCAUGGCGUUACUUAUGAAUCAGAAAAUUUCUUGGAAAAGAACAGAGAUACAGUACCAGAUGAACAUUUAGUAUUACUGAAGAGCACUGAUUUUGAAUUUUUAGAUGAUGUUUUGAACAAAGGUGUCCCAAAAAGUUCACCUACCACAGGCAAAAGUUCUUUAAUCAGUCUCAUGGAGACUAUUAAUUCAACCGACGUUUCUUAUAUUCGAUGUAUUAAGCCCAAUGAAGCCAAAGUCGCAUGGAGAUUUGAGCCUCAAAUGAUCCUCAGUCAAUUGCGUGCAUGUGGUGUUCUUGAAACAAUUAGAAUUAGUUGUGCAGGUUAUCCCUCUCGAUGGACUUUUGAUGAAUUCGUUCAAAGAUAUUACAUGUUGGUUCGUUCAUCGCAAUGGGGACGUGACCCUAAAAAAUUUUGUUCAAUUAUUUUGGAUGCUUCAAUUAAAGAACCGGACAGAUAUCAAGUUGGAAAUACAAAGAUCUUUUUCCGUGCUGGAAUGCUUGCUUAUUUAGAGAAACUUCGACUUGACAGACUAAAUGAAUGUGUGACAUUAAUGCAAAAAAAUAUGCUUAGACAUAUGCACCAAAAGAGGUACCAACAAUUAAAAACAGUAACUAUCAAAGCUCAAGCCUUAAUUAGGAAACGUAAAGCCAUGCGGGAUCUUAAGCUUCUUCGUGAAGAUAGAGCUGCAGUUAUGAUUCAAAAAACUUGGAGACGAUACAUCCAACAGAAACGCUAUUUGCGUUCUAAGAAGGCAAUAUACAAAUUACAGCUUUGUGCUCGCGGAUUUAUUGCAAGGCGCAAGUUCAAGGAUCUCCAAAGAGAUGCUGCAGCAACAAAAAUUCAAGCUACAUAUCGUGGAUGGGUUGUGCGUUGUGAAUAUAGAAAGACUAUUAGACUUAUUGUUUUUAUUCAAUCCUGUAUUCGGAGACGUCUUGCAAGGAAAGAGCUUAAGAAAAUGCGAAUUGAAGCCCGUUCUGCUUCUCAUUACAAGGAAGUCUCAUAUAAACUUGAAAACAAAGUCGUUGAGCUCACCCGAAGUUUGGAACAAAAGAGUCAAGAAAAUAAGGCACUCGAACUUAGAACUGCUACAUUAGAAGGAAAUGUACGAACUUGGAUGGAGAAAUAUAAGGAAUUGGAAGCAAAUGCAAACAAUUUCAAAACUGUAACCAAAGAAGCUACUGUUGCUAUCGAUGAAUAUAAAUCUUUACAAAUCCAAAAGGAAGCCCUCGAAAAUAAUUAUCAGAUUCAAGUUGAAAAGAUCAAAAGCAAAGAUAGUGAAAUUCAACGGCUAACAAGUGAAGUUAAUAAAAAAGAUGAAGAAGUUACCAGACUCCGUGAUGCUAUGAAAAAUAAAAGUGAAGAUCCUGCUACAGUACUUAAAUUGAAACAAGAAAUUGCUACUUUAAGAGAACAAUUGGCUAAAGUUAAAAGUGGUGUCAAUAAUGCAGCACCUCCAUCUUCGCAUCGUCCAACAGAAAAUGGGUUCUUGACAUCAGCAGGCACCACAACGCUUAAACCUCCAUCUCAAAAACGAAGACCUCGUCGACAUAGUUCAGCCGAAUCAUGGGGUCCCAAUGAAGUUACUAAACGCAAACCUAAAACUUCUAUUGACCUAAUCAUGGCAGAGAAACCAGGUUUAAGGCCUGCAUCAAUUUCAACUACUCAUGUGAGUAUUCCAAAAAUCAAGACACCAGGAGGACGUAUAAUUGGAGGUGAAGAACCUGAAGAACAGAUUAUGAAGCUUCUUGAAGAUGAUGAAGCGCUUGAUGAUGAAAUUAUCAAUAG